AGAUUCCAUUCCCAUAACCACAAAUCAAAAUUCCGUUUUUCACUCUAAUGGAUGGAAUCCUAAUCUCAGACCACUGGGAAGGUUCCAAAUUCCAGAAUACACAAUGUGCAUAAAACUCGAGAGUUUUACUUACGCAUGAGUGGUAAGGGUGGAGAUGAAGCAGAAGGUAGUUGGAGGAAAGCAUUUGUAGUGGACGAAGGCAAGUUGAAUGAGUUUAGUGAUUUGCUGUCUAGUCCUUUGACAUAUUCAAAGGAAUUAUUGAAAGUUGGAGAUGGAGAGAUUGGAGAUGAUGUUGAUGGUGAGUCAAUUAUUGAGAUUCCAAAAGAAAUGUUGAUUGAGGAUGAUGUUAAUGAACUUGCUCAACUUGUGGAUUUUGUAUAUCCAGACUUUUUGGGUAGAAUAGAUGAUCAAGAUAUUAAGUUCUUCCAAGAGCGCUGCAUUUUGUCUCCAACAAUUAAGGACGUUGCUAUGUUAAAUGAUUACUUGAUGUCCAACAUUAAAAGUGUGGAAAAGAGCUAUUUAAGUUCAGAUUUCGUAUGCAAAGAUGAUUUGGACUUCAGUACCAGUCAACAGACAUAUGCUCAUGAGGUACUUAACACAUUCACUGCUUCAAGGUUUCCAGAUCAUAAAGUGGGUUUCAAAGUAGGCAUCCCACCCAUGCUUUUGAGAAAUAUUGAUCAAUCCAGUGGCUUGUGUAAUGGAACAAGAUUACUAAUCACAAGACUUGGAAAUCAUGUUGUGGAAGGAAAAAUUUUGUCCGAAAAGAGUGUAGGUCUGUCUGUCCUUAUACCUCGGAUGGGGCAAACUCUUUCACAUGUUGGAAUUUACCUUGCAAGGCUUGUAUUCAGCCAUGGUCAGUUGUAUGUUGCACUUUCAAGAGUAAAAAUUGGAAGGUUGGAUGAUGACCAAGGUGAUUUUGUUGGCAUGGUAGUUUGUGAGGAGUUAGGGGCAAAUUUCUUGUUGCCAUCUCCAAUAACUUCAUCAAAUGAACUUGUCAUCGUGUGGGACCCAGAACUGGGCAGGAUAAAUACCUCUGAAUAGAAGCAACUAAAGUUGGCUAGGAGUUUAACUCGUGGCAUUAUUGAUAGGGAUCUUAAGCCGAGCUCUACUGAACGGAAGAUAAUCCAAAGAAUUUUAAAAUAUCCACCAACAAGGGCUUCAAGUGGAGAUGAGAGACAGCUGCUUUGGAAAUUUUGCUUAUCAUUGAUGUUUGAGAAUAGGGCACUAACAAAAUUUCUAAGAUGUGUUGAAUGGAGUGAUGUUCAAGUUACCAUCCUUUUCUCCAUUGCUCCACCUGCUACAUGCUUUUUAUGUGGUUAAUGAACAAAAAUGUUAUUA